CACCAUUCAUGGAUUAUAAAUAAUAGGCUCGUGCUCGCUGUGAACCGUGAUGUCCAUUUUUCUACAGUUCCAAACUUGAUGGAAAUUGCUGGAAAGUGAAAUCUGACAUCUUUGCGCAUUUGCGACGAUCUAACUUCGCAGCGUUGAUUCUACACACAACACAACCGUCUCACAGUCAUCUCGUGUCGACACAACAAGCAGUGCUAGUCACCAUGUGUUUCCACAAGUAUUCUCACUACCAGGUCUGCAAGCACAUUGCAUGCUGCAGCAUCGACAUCUGCCAGGAGAUGGUCAAUGGCUUGCGCGCUGGCAAUUGCGCCGGUCACGAAUUCCAGAACUCAUACGACCCCGUGAAGGGAGACCUCUGGGGGAUGUGCGCGGACUGCGCGGAGGCUGGCGCUGCUGAUCAGCGCCCCUCCGGCUCCUGCGCCGUUCACCCCCAAGUGCAGGCUACCCCGCUUCUCAAGGAGUAUGUGAAUGAGUACGUGGCGCGUGCUUCGGUCGCCAACUGCUCCGGGCUGUCAAUCGGCGUCCCAUCGUCCGUGGAAGCGACCCGCCUCGCGGAUAGCGCAUCGGUGAAGCCAGCAGGAAGCCAGAGUUCGACUCAGUCGGGAUCUCUCCGAAGUUUCCACUCGGCGCGCUCCGCCUUUAGUAGCGAAGAGAGCGACGACGGAUACCACCCCGAUGCGGAGCCGGGUUUUGACUGCUACAGCAGCAGCGAGAGUAGUAGCACCAUGGACGAGGAUGACGAGGACGAUUGCAUUGUCAUAUCUCAGCUGUCGGACGAGGCGCUGCUGGCCCAGCCGCUCCUGCCCAAGGUCGCCAGACCUACGACCAGUAGUUCCAGUGGCACCAGUGGUUCCAAUGGCUCUAACACCUCGAGCUACCCCGGCUUCAGCCAGACAAAGUCAUCGACUGAAACUCUCUUCGAAUCCAUCUUCCGGGGCGAGAAUGAGCGGCUCGCCGAUGACAAGCUCGAGACCCUGAACCAGUCCAACGUUGGGCGAGAUUUCCUGGAAAGAAAGCUCCCGGCCCUGAACCAGGCCAACCUGGGAGCACCGGCUCUGAACAGGGUUCCUCCCGUGACUCCGUCGCCGGGCUUCGGGGAAGAGCUGUCGCGCCAGAAGCCGGCCACCCCGGUGGACGUUUUGGCAUCGGACGGAUUCGUCGGGACCGGCGGCGGCUUCAACUCUCCCAAGGAGAGCCGGCUCUACCCAGCUGUGACCGGCACGGGCUCCAGCUCUGGCAUUGCCGCCCCAGCGCCGACCCCGGCGCCGGGCAGUCCGCAGGCCCAGAGCAUUCCCACGGCGCCCCGGGCCUUCUACAACAGACCCCAAGGGACAACAGGCCCUGCCCCGGACUGGAGCGGCCACCAGCCUGGCUACUACCCACAUCCCCGCAGCGGAAUCUCCGUCCAACCCGCCUUCCAGAAUUCUGGAGUGCCUUCCCUCACCAUAACCGCCCAGCUCCAAGACUUCUCCCAGCCAGGCUUCGCCCCCUACCUCCCACCCCCGACGGGGAUGGGCAUGCACGGCCAGGCCCCAAAUCCGGGCCUGCUGCCUCCCAUCUACCACCCCGUCACCCCUCAAUACCCGCCCGUGAUCCAACCUCCGUAUGGGAACUUCCCUCCCCUGCUCCAGCGGCAGCCCCAGGUCUCGGAUUUCCGGCACCACCCACAGCAGCCCCCCCACAGCUUCACGGGCCCAUCCUUCACCGGCUACCGCGAGCACAACAACAACAACAACAACAACAACAACAACAACAACAACAACAACCGGAUCGCCCGCCACGAGCGGCGCCGGGCCGCCCGCCACGGAGGGGGCAGAGCGUAUCACGGCCGACGCAGCAAUAGCCCCUCCUCGCGCGCUCGCCGCAUCUGCAACAACAACCAGCAGCACCCGCAGCCACGCUGGACGCAGCCGGAGGAAGUCGCCGCGCGGCACUGGCGCAUCCAGGAUGUGAUCCAGCAGCAGGCCGUCAUGCAGCAGCUCCAGGAACAAGAGUUCCAGAACCUGCAGCAGCAACAGGUCCUCCAGCAGCAGCUCCAGCGGCUGCAGGAGCAGGAGCAGGAGCAGGAGCAGGAGCAGGAGGAGGAGCAGGAGCAGCAGACCGCCGCCGCAGGAGCAGGAGCAACGACUCACCAAUCUCCGAACCCGGGACUGGGGCUGGGGCAAGACCUAGAGCUACGGCCCCUCAAUCCUCCUCCCGCCCCCACCCUGCAGACCACCGUCCUCGAACGGGCCCCGUACAGUCCUCCCCCCGGGGAGACGAUCAGCCCCUCGGCGCUGGCCGGGUACCCGAUGGAUGUGGACCAGCGCAAACCUGCUGCUGCGCCUAGCAAAGAAGGAAAGGGGGAUGGGAGCUACUCGCAGGACUACUGGAAUGGGAAGUUCUUUACGCGGCCGCUGGUGCCGAAGAACUGAGCCCGACCCAACCCCACUGGGACGGGCUCUGGGCUUUUGGUAGGGGAUGGGGAUGGGGAUGGGGAUGCGGAUGCGGAUGAGAUUGAGGGGUGAGUAUGUAUGUGUGUAUGUGUGAUGGUGUUGAUGUUUUGGGUACCGUUGAGCUUGAGCACACCUUCAUUAUUGACGACUUUAUUCUUUGGAAGUUUUGGAAUUUUAGGUUCUGCUUUUUGAGAUUGGAUCUUUUUGUCUAGCUAUGUUGCUGUUAUCUUUUGUAGUAUUUUAAGAAUGUUAUUCUUUUUUUUUUUA